AAUCCUCACUCAGAAGUCACUUCUUUUCAACUCCCGAGGUCUACCUUGCUAACGUACACUGGUGGUGGGUACAGUACGCACCCAACAACCCUCCACUGUCAAAGGAGAUCACACGCAGCUUUAUACUUUGCAAUCUCUCUGUAUCUCUAGCUGAUUUGGCACUUACGUUUGGUUCAACCAAAUAUAGGGUUUCCAGGAGUUGAAAUGGAUUUGAUUUUGUUAUCGUUUUAAUUAUUUGGAUGGAUCCGCCGGUGAUGAUGAAUGGAGGUGGUUUUCGGUCAGGUAAUACGGGCUCUUCGUUGUGUAAUUUGACUGAGAUCUGGCCCUUUCCGAUAAAUCUUGCCGGUGGCGGUGGAGGCGGCAAUGCGGCGUCGUAUGGUAUGGGGCAAUUAGGGGAUCAUGCUGGUAGUACUAGUGCGUUUGUGGAUAAUCGUGAUCAUGUGGCGAUGGAUGAUCCGAUGGUUGUGGACCAGAGAGGGAAUAGUAAUCAGAGUAAGAAGCGACGUGAAGAUGAUGAUUCGUCUAAAGGUGUUUCGACUAGCAGUCGUAGCAAUGGCAAUGGCAUGCUUGAUAGUGAUGGUAAACGUUUGAAGACUUUGGCACUUGAAAGUGAAAACUCAGAAUCUAAACCGGAAGUUGAAAGAAGUUCUGGCAAGAGAGCAGAAAAUAAUGCAAAACCGUCUGAGCCACCUAAACAAGAUUACAUUCAUGUUCGAGCACGAAGAGGUCAAGCCACUGAUAGCCACAGUUUAGCAGAAAGAGCUAGAAGAGAGAAGAUAAGUGAAAGAAUGAAAAUUCUCCAAGAUCUGGUCCCUGGCUGUAAUAAGGUUAUUGGGAAAGCACUGGUCCUCGAUGAGAUAAUUAAUUACAUCCAAUCACUACAGCAACAGGUUGAGUUCUUAUCAAUGAAGCUUGAAGCUGUCACUUCAAGAUCGCAUCCAAGCCCCCAAGGAUUUCCUUCAAAAGAUUUUGGUCAACAAACAUUUGACAUGGCCGGGGUGGCGUUUGGUUCUCAACCCACGAGGGAAUUCAGCAGGGGAUCGUCACCAGAAUGGUUGCACAUGCAAAUUGGUGGCAGCUUUGAAAGAACAACAUGAUAUGACCAUAAUAAAAGAAGAUGCCAUGAAAUCGACAAACUUUGAUAUCUACACGGAGCUAUUCAGAGACUACUGCAAAGAAGAACUCUUGAAACUAUAUGUAUUGCUAUCUCCCAUCUGUUUGUGUUUGUGUUAGAGAAGAAGAUAUGUACUAUUCUUGCUCAUACAUCCCAUACCCUUUUACUUGCAAACAACAUAUGAUGAAAAUUGUUUGUCCUUUAAAGCUGAAGCAUAGUCUGUAUUCAAACAACUAGUGGUGUAUCAACAACAUGAUGAUCAAGACUCAUUUAAAUAAACUUCAAUCAUUUUACUCCU